CAUCAUCAGGGAGACCUGCUUCUCUGGGAUAUCUUACCUACAUAUAAACAAGCUUUCUAAUACGAUAUUUUGCUAUACCCAAGCAAUAGUUCUCUACUCACAAUUCAAGAGUCAAGAAUUAAGACUUAUCACGCACAGUACCUACCUACACAUAUACAGCAGACAAAUAUAUCAUCCGCACACAGCACCGCUCAAUGAGUUCCUUCCCCUCGCCCAGCCACAAAAAGUCGUCUCGGAUCCACAACAGCGACUGGCAUCCCGAGCCCACGAAAUCACUUCCUCUAAACGCAGCUCGACAAGCGCUCGUGAACGAUAUCCUAGCGCUAUAUAGCUGCGAGCCGACAGUGGACAGGAUCAAGAGAUAUACGCCGGACUGCGUAUACGAUGAUCAAUUCGUGUUUGUGAAUGAUCGGUAUAGGAUGGCGGGUCAGUGGUUCGCGUUGCCGAAAUUGUUUAGGGAGUCGAGAACUGUGGCGUAUCAGGUGGUGAGGAGUGAUGAGGAGGUUAUUCAGGUUAGGAAUAAACAGUCCUGGACAUUCCAAAACCUCCCCCAAAAAAGCGCCACGAUCAGCUCUCUAAUCACACUUUCCCUCGACCCCGAAACGGUGAGUAGUGAUUUCAUCAGGGUUAAACAUCACAAGGACCAAGCGAACGAACAGGAUUACAGCCAUCAUCUCCUAAGCUUCACCUUUAAGAAAUGGCAGGCUGGUCAGGUCGCUAAGCAUAUUAUGGAGAGUCCGGAGAUAGAGACUUUUAGAGAGGAUAAGAGGGGGGGAAGUGAACAAUUGGGCGAGAGGAAGUAUGGGGAGAGGAGGGAUGAGGAGGAGCAUGAGGAGUUGGGGUUUAUUAUGGAGGAUUGCUGAGUGGUUGGAUUUUUUCUUGUAAGGAGAAUUGAAUUGAGUUUAUUCACGUUGCGAGGUUUGGAGGUU